UUCUUUUCACGGGAAAAGAGAGGCGUCUGAAAACGAGAUAGUGCGGAGUAGAGAACGCGGGACAAUAUGAGUGAAAUGACGAGUGUCGAACAGCAGCAACAACAGCAACAGUACGUAGGCGGCAGUUCGAAUCCGGAGCACCAUUGCAAGGACUGCGGCCUCUACUUCGAAAGCGAUAAAAGUCUCGAAGUGCACCUGCGAUACCACCAGGAGAACCUGCUAAGUCAGUGGGCGAGUCAGGCCCAGCAGGAGGAGAGUAACAACAACAACAGUAAGGCCGGCAAUCACAACAGUCACGUGGGCGUCAAGCGCGAUAGCGUGACUGCGCCGGCGGACUCGAGCGAGUCUUCCUCGAGGCCGCCCUCGCAAGAUCCCACGUCUUCUCAACAACCAUCGACGCAACAGCAGCAACAGCAACAACAGCAGCAGCAGCAGCAGCAGCAACAACAGCCGCAGCAGCAGCAGCAACAGCAGCAACAACAACAGGCUGCUGGUCAAAGUUACAAUCAUUUCCAAGCGCCGAUGUUCGGCGAGACGAAUUAUUUUAUGCAGAACGAUCAGGCCUACAUCUUGCCCCAUCAUUACUCACCGCCGCGAGAAGACACGCAGAACAAUGGCGGGGGUGGUGGUGGCGGUGGAGGUUACUCGCGGUACCAUCCGUAUCAGCAUCAACAACAUUUUCCACCGGAACGCACGAGUUCGGUCAGUUCCACCAGUCCGAGGAGUCCACCGUUGCAGUGUGACAAGUGCGGUGCAGUGUACGAGGACGCGAAUCAGCUGGGUGAACACGUAAGAACGAAUCACUCGAACUCGCCCGGGGGAUAUCCCGGGCAGCAUCAGUAUCAACAGCUGGGUAGCAGUCCCCAGCAGCAGAGUCAACAACAACAACAACAACAGCAACAGCAGCAGAUGCACGCGUCACCGCCGCAGUCUAGUCAGCAGCAACAGCAACAGGCUAGCUACGACUACAAUGGGGGACAACCGGUGAAAACGGAAGUGAAGCAGGAACCGGAGGAACAGGCGGAAAUUCUGGAUCUGGAUUCGCACAAGGUGCAGACUCACAGGUACGAGGAGGAACUGAUGAGGUUGCAUCAGCAGCAACAGCAGGAGCUGCAGAUGCAGAUGCAUCAGCAGCAGGUAAUGCAACAGCAUCAGCAACAGCAACGGGCCGGAUCGCAUUCGGUGAGUUCUAUGCUGGGUUGGCCACCGGCCGCGCAGCCUCACGAUUAUCACCCCGGGUUAUCGCCUAUGGGUCCCAUGGACAGUGUUUCGCCGCUUUCGGAACAGGGUCAAUUCAUGCGCGGGCAGCACAUGCCCGUGGAACCGCCGCGACAUCCAGGUUCCCCUAUCAUUACGAGCACGCAACCGAUGCCGGGUCAUCAGAUGCCGGGAGGUCUGUUGCAACAACCGCCUAAACCACCGCCUUUGGCUAAUCAAUCGUGGAAAAGUAACGAGGCGCGGCGGCCAAAGACCUACAACUGCACCGCGUGCAACAAGUGGUUCACCAGCUCGGGCCAUCUGAAGAGGCACUACAACACGACGCUGCACAAAAAACAGAGCAAUCAGCCGGACCCUGCGAACAUGCCGAUCAGUGCGCAUCAUCAUCCUGGUAGAGAUAACCAUUCGGCUGGUGGCGGCAGAGGCGGAGGACCAUCCAGAUCGCCGGAAUUAUCUUCUUCCGGGAGUCCCCCAAACUUGAUGGCAGGUCCCUCGGGCGAGGCGGCGAGGGGCCUGCUCCACACGCCCACCAGUCUCUACAGCAGCAACAACAACAAUUCCAACAACAGCAACAGCAGCAGCAGCAGCGAAUCUUCGGCGGCAGCGGCUCUAACGCAACAGCAGCCUUCGGCGGUGCACUUGGGCUCCACAAUGGUUCCGCCGCUCAAUUCCCCGGCGCAAUCCCCGCUGGCGGGCCACCAUCAGCAACAAAUGGGUUCCCCGUCCCCUCAGCUGGCCCACCAGCAGCAGCAGCAACAACAACAGCAGCAGCAGCAGCAGCAACUUCAUCACUUGCCAAUGGGUUCGCCGUCGGGCCAACUUCCGGUCCACCAUCCCAUGAGUUCGCCCAUGUCACCCAUGCACCCACCGCCGGCGCCCCACCUGAGUUCCCCUUCGCCAAUGGGCUCGUCCCACCCGCACCACAUGAGUUCGCCGUCUCCCAUAACGCCGGGCUCGGUCCACCCAGCAAUGGCUUCGCCCACGGCGAUGGGGGGUACUACGAUGCCUCAUCAGCCGUACCCAAACGCCUUGCCCCCCCACGUUAUAACUACUACCAACAUCCCGGGCCUGCUGGAGUCUAUCACCAUCCAGCUAACUACUACUGGUAAUGAGAUGUCUUUACCGCUCAACGGGCAAUCUCAACACCAGCAGUCGCAACAUCACCAUCAACAGCAGCAGCAGCAGCAGCAGCAGCAGCAAUUGCAGCACCAACACCAGCAGCAGCAGCAGCAGCAGCAACAACAACAACAACAACAACAGCAGCAGCAGCAAUCUCAGGAUGUUUUACCCGGUUUCGGGACCUUUAGCAAUCAUCAAAGGCCCCUUCCGAGCUUCACGCAAUUCAACGUAACCGGGUUUUUGAUUGGCCAAAAUCAACCGCAGGCCGUUAACGUGGGGGGGCUAAGUCCAGAGGAGAACGCGUCUCCUCGAGAUAGAUCGUUCGAAUCGCCUGGAUCGAACUACGAUCCGUACAGAAGUUCACCGCCUCGAUACGAAUCCCUUACCAACAUGGACGUGGACUUGCAGCCGAACACCGACGGCAUGAUCAUCAAGCAGUACGAGAUCCAAACGCAUCAUCAUCUGUCACACCCGCUUCAACAGUCUCGAGACAAUCUCGAGGCAAACAAUAAUCUACCGCAGCUGAUCCAAGCGAAGGAGGAGCUGAAUCCGAACGUCGGCAGACAAUUCGAGAAGGAUCAGAAAUCGAAGGGCAGUUCCGUGAUCACGAAAGAACAUCAGGUGACCAGCACCAACACCGGCUCGCACUACAUCUCUCAGGACGGCUUUCACAAGUGCAUCGAGUGCGACAAGGUCUUCAACAAGGCUUGCUACCUGACGCAACACAACAAGAGCUUCCACUCUGGCGACAAGCCGUUCAAAUGCAAUCAGUGCGGCAAGAGGUUCCCCCUCGAGUACCUGCACGCGGAGCACCUGCAGAAGCACGCCGGUGACAAGCCGUACAAGUGCGAGAUAUGUCCGAAGCAGUUCAACCACAAAACUGACCUCAGGCGGCACAUGUGCCUCCACACUGGCGAAAAGCCGUACGCCUGUGAUAAUUGCGGCAAGGGAUUCAUCAGGAAGGACCACAUGAUGAAGCACCUCGAGACGCACAAAAAGAAAAACAACAGCCAUAACGUCCAUCUGCGAGCGUGA